GUGUAUAUAUAACGGCCCUCUCACUGCACCGACUCCAUCAUCAAACUCACUUUGCAUGCAGGCUCAACUAGCUUGCCUGCUCUGAUCCUCUCUAAGUGCACUCCUCAGAUGGGGCUCGUUCCUCGGCCCCUGAGCCGGAUCCGCAGCGGAACCCUCCUCCACGUCCUCCUCCUCGGAUUCUUGUUCCUCGGCUUCUGCUACGGUGACGACGGCAACACUGUCAAUGUUGUUGGGUUUGGAGAAUGCUCUGACUGCAAGGACUAUAACAUCAAGACCAGUCAUGCCUUUCCAGGGCUUCGGGUGACGAUCGAUUGCAAGGUCGGUGGAGGGGAGAAGAAUGGAGGAGGGAUGCAGAGGAUGGGAGAAGGAGAGCUGGAUAAAGAUGGCAAGUUCCAAGUGUCAUUGCCAAAGGAGAUGGUGAAGGGGGAUGGGGAGUUGAAGCAGGACUGCUAUGCUCAACUCCACAGUGCAUCUUCUACCCCAUGCCCUGCCCACAAUGGCAUUCAGGCUUCCAAGAUUGUUGCUGCUUCCAAGAAGAAAACACAUGCGGCGGCGUUUGAGCCGGCUGAGAACCUCAAGUUCUCCACUGCCUUUUGCACCUCGGCUUUCUUGUGGCCCUACUUCAAGUUCCCCCCCAUGCCUGACCUCCCACCCUUCCCUAGCAUCGAUCCCUGGAAGAAGCAUUUUCCUAAGGUUUCCUUCCCGCCUUUGAAGCACUUUGGCCACCCUUUUCCCCUCCCAUUCCCACCCUUCACCAAGCCACUCCCACCUCCCGUUUCUGUGCCCGAGCCUGAGCCACCAGUUGACAACCCACCUCCAGUACCUGUCUACAAACCGGAACCCAAGCCAGAAACCAAGCCACCCGUUUAUAUUCCACCAGUCAACCCACCUCCAGUUCCUGUCUACAAACCAGAACCCAAGCCACCCGUUUAUAUUCCACCAAUUGUAAAGCCAAUUCCGCCUCCAGUUCCUGAAUACAAGCCGAAGCCCAAGCCACCUGUUUAUAUUCCACCUGUAAUUAAGCCCAUUCCGCCUCCAGUUCCUGAAUACAAGCCGAAGCCUAAGCCACCGGUUUAUAUUCCACCUGUGAUUAAGCCGGUUCCACAUCCUGCUCCUGAAUACAAGCCUAAGCCCAAGCCACCAGUUUAUAUCCCACCCGUGAUUAAGCCGUCUCCACACCCAGUUCCAGAAUACAAGCCGAAGCCCAAGCCACCGCCGAAGCCCAAGCCACCGGUUUAUGUUCCACCUGUUGUCAAGCCACUCCCACCUCCAGUUCCUGAAUACAAGCCGAAGCCCAAGCCACCGGUUUAUGUUCCACCUGUUGUCAAGCCACUCCCACCUCCAGUUCCUGAAUACAAGCCCAAGCCUAAACCACCCGUUUAUGUUCCACCAGUAGUUAAGCCGAACCCUCCUCCAGUCCCUGAAUACAAGCCAAAGCCGAAGCCACCCGUUUACAUUCCACCUGUAGUUAAGCCAAUCCCACCUCCAGUUCCUGAAUACAAGCCGAAGCCUAAGCCACCUGUUUAUGUUCCACCGGUAGUUAAGCCAAACCCUCCUCCAGUCCCUGAAUACAAGCCAAAGCCUAAGCCACCAGUUUAUAUUCCACCUGUGAUUAAGCCGGUUCCACAUCCUGCUCCUGAAUACAAGCCUAAGCCCAAGCCACCAGUUUAUAUCCCACCCGUGAUUAAGCCGGCUCCACACCCAGUUCCUGAAUAUAAGCCAAAACCCAAGCCCUCUGUUCCUAUAUACAAGCCGAAGCCGCCGGUUUAUAUUCCACCCAUAAAGCCGCUCCCACCAUCAAUUCCUGUAUACAAGCCAAAGCCGAAGCCACCCGUUUACAUUCCACCUGUGGUGUCACUUCCACCUCCCGUUCCAACGUACCAACCAAAACCUAAACCACCCGUAUACAUUCCACCCAUAAAGCCGCUUCCACCACAAGUCCCAAUAUACAAGCCUAAGCCUAAGCCACCCGUUUAUAUUCCACCUAUAGUAAAGCCACUCCCACCCGUGGUUCCCAUCUACAAGCCAAAACCAAAGCCGCCGAUUUACAUCCCUCCAAUAAUAGUAAAGCCAUUGCCUCCUCCCGUUCCCAUCUACAAACCAAUACCAAAGCCACCUGUUUACAUCCCUCCGAUAAUAGUAAAGCCACUGCCUCCUCCCAUUCCCAUCUACAAACCAAUACCAAAGCCACCUGUUUACAUUCCUCCCAUAGAAAAGCCAUUGCCUCCUUCAAUCCCCACCUACUACAAACCAAUCCCAAAAACACCCAUCUACAUUCCUCCAAUAGUAGAAAAGCCAUUGCCACCAAUACUAAAGAAACCAUUCCCAACAUUGCCACCAAUACUAAAGAAACCGUUCCCAACAUUGCCACCCAUACUAAAGAAACCGUUCCCAACUCUUCCCCCUUUUUACAAACACCCAUUCUUCCCCCCUCUGCCCCCUCACGUUGCCCAACCUUAAUAAAACCGUGAAUCUUGAGCUCCAUUCAACUAAGUGUGCUGCUAUAGAUUCAUCUAUAUACUAUAUGUUUAUUCGUGCAAUGACUUAGCUGGCUCAGCCUCUCGUCGUGGGAACUUUUGUUUGUGCAAUAAAAAGUGCAGAAGUGAAUGGAUCAAAGGCCACUGACAAAUUUGAAGAAAGAAAAUGAAGGAUGAGGCUAGCCAGCGGGUGCAUAUUAGUUAAAAUUGCUUUUGUUUAUAUGUCUGAUGAGAUUUAGCCGCCUUGGUUUGAUGGCCUUGUUUAAGUUUGUAAAGUGAAAGUGAAUUACUGCUGUUUCAGUUUCAGUGUUGUAUAAGUUCAUUGUUACAAAUAAUUUCAUACUGUAUUUUGCUUCUUUGAUGAUGAGUUCCCAAACUUAAACAAUUG